GUUUACGUUAAUACGUUUACGCUAAUACGAUCCCUAUCUCUUCCUUUCUGUAAUAUCUCUGGUGCGCUGGCUUUUAGCGGGGUUGAUGUACAGUAGCUAGCUAGCACAUUUAGCCACCUAACCGGAGGUACACAGAAGUGAAGUCGCCCGUCUUAACCGAUAAACCGACUGGUUUUGGGUAAGUAAAAUCUGAAUCGGUAGCUUGUUUUUCACUUUAUUGUCUGAGUAUUAUUGACGGUAUCUAGCUAGCUAAGUAGCUAACAUAAACUGUGCGAAUGGUUGCCCGGUACGGUAGUUAGCUGCUAACUAGCGUAGUUACAGCACACAAGCUAGCCUUGCCAGGAUUGUUGUGGAGGACAAAAACCUCGAACGGUACUUAGCGAGUAUAACGUUAGCUAGCUAAUUAGGAUACGUUGUUGCUGACCCAAACGAUAAAUAUGACCAACAAGGUGAAGCUAAUGUAUCUUUCAUAAGUAACUAGCUGGCUAGUUAGCCAGCUAACGUUACCAAGAGUCAUGGCUAUGAUUUGACGACAGUACCCACUUAGCUAGCCUUCUAACUAACUUAGUUAGCCAUCUAACUAACUGGGCUAACGUUAGCUAAGUUGGCUAACGUUAGUACCAGGCCUUCUUUCAACCACACAGAUCCAACUUACGACCUGUGGUGGGUAAUUUAGAGAUGGAUAUCAGUCAGCUGACAUAUGCAGCCACAAGUACAAAAAAGCCAACUGAACACGUGUGCUGUUAUCUUGUGUUGAGAAAUGGACAGGGUCUCACUCGUACUACUCUCUUAUUACAGUUCUGACUGUGUUUUUUGUUUUGUUCCAUGUUUAGGUGGGUGAUUUCCACAAGAUGUCGUUCCCUCCUCAUAUCAACCGACCCCUGUUGCCACCGGGCAUCCCCCCACCACAGUUUGCUGGUUUUCCUUCAGGUUAGUCAUCGCAUUCUAUAGGUCUGUCUGUAUGUAAAUUAUACAGCAACUUUGACUAGAUUGUGAAUAUGACUGAUUUGUAAGGAUAACUAAUACUCUGCAAACCUUUUAUUGAGAGAAAAACAUUAAUUUAAUCCAAAUACAUUUUGUAUACAUUAUCGGAUUGUCUCUAUUCCAGGUACCCCAAUGAUACCAGUCCACAUGGGUAUUAUGACCCAAACACCUGCGGUGUUGGUGCCCACCUCCAUGCCUGUGGUCAGUAAGCCCGCGGCCCCAAGGAAGGAGGCCGCCCCGGUGAAGGCCAAGGAGACGGACGAGAACAGCGGCCCAACCACCACUGUGUUUGUAGGGAACAUCUCAGAGAAGGCCUCAGACAUGUUGAUUCGACAGCUGCUGGCGGUGAGGAAGGGGAACUUGCAUGCAGAUGUAUUGGAAAGAGACAUUAAGCUUUAUUUAGGGUAUAGGCAGUGUCUUUAGUCACAGGUCAUGCUAGUAUAAUACAGCUCUGGAAUAGACAGUUAGUUUUGCUUCUGUUUUUAGCAUGUGUUGUUUCAGUUAGCCUUUAGGUUUGAUUAAUAAAAGCUGUUUCUCUAUUGGCCAAAAUGUUUUACUUCCUUUGUUUUCUUGGUUUUACCUGAUAAAAAUCAAUGUCCUUUAGUAGGUCCCUGUAGUAAAGCAAGUCAUUUUCACUCUUCAGAAAUGUGGCCUGGUCCUAAGCUGGAAGCGAGUCCAAGGAGCCUCUGGAAAACUUCAAGGUAAAAACAGAACAGGUACAACACUUCUAAAGUACUCUACCGCCAUGUAAGUCCAAUGUCAACCUCACCAAGGCAUGCUUUGCCAAUGUGAAGCAACUACUAUUUAGUGAAAAAAUGAGCAGGCUCCUGUUCAGUAGGCACUAAUCAGAAGAAAACAGACAAAAAAAGGAUGUGACUACAUGGACUUGUCUGAUAAGAAAAACUCAUGUACAUUUUCCAUUCCAUGCCCUAAUGAACACGACCCUGCUGAAGCUAUUCCUCAUUCCUGGUCGUGACUCAGAUGGCUGUGUAUUGAUAUAAACCCUCUAUGCCCAUUCUCUCCAGCUUUUGGGUUCUGUGAGUACAAGGAGCCCGAGUCGACGCUGCGGGCCCUGCGGCUGCUCCACGAGCUGCCGAUCGGGGCGAAAAAGCUGCUGGUGAAGGUGGACGCCAAGACCAAGGCCCAGCUGGACGAGUUCAAGGCCAAGAAGAAGAGCAGCACCAACGGCAAUGGGGUGGGUAAUAUAGUGGGGAAGGGGGACACAGCUGGAGGGAUGGGAGAGGGGAACGUUGAAUUACAAUUUAGGUUAUGGGAUAGUUUCUAGGACACCGCUUAGUCAAGGACUAGGCUUAAUCUAUUUUAAUGGAAUCUCUAUUGAACAUGCUUUUUAGUCCUGGACUAGGCUUCAUCUGUGUUAGGGAAACCGGUCCUAAAUUUUGAAUGAAAUUAAAACCACUUCAGCCUCCUGCCCCUAUGCUGGUCUGUCUGAGUGACAUCCAGUGGAGGCUAAGAUGGACCAAGCUCUAGUAAGCAGGGUUGGCUAAACGAAUGGGGAAUUCUGUGCCGAAAGGCCUGGAACAAAAUAGCCCCUUAUACUUCAAAUAAUUUUUCAGCAAGUGAGGCUGAAGAUGAGUUGACUUGGAUCUAAUACGAAGCUGCCUCUCACUCUCUUUUUCUUUCUGCUAGAAGGCAGAGGCAGAGGAUGGAAAAGUGGAGGAAGAGGAGGAGGUGAUUGAUGAGGAUGCCAAGAGGCGGGAUCAGGUCGUCAAGGGCGCCAUCGACGGUCUGAUCCGCGAGUAUGCCAGCGAGCUCAAUGCUGCCUCGAAUGACGAGUCCCCCCACCGCAGGAAGAAGAAAGAGAAGAAAGAAGAGGUAUGUGGAACUUCCUUCUCUCUUAUCGCACUUGACGUUUACCUGAUACGCAUUGGUUGUGGUAUGUAUUGUAUUUGGGCACAUUAUAUACUGUUGAAGUCGCAAGUUUCCAUACACUUAGGUUGGAGUCAUUAAAACUCGUUUUUCAACCACUCCACACAUUUCUUGUUAACAAACUAUGGUUUUGGCAAGUCGGUUAGGACAUCUACUUUGUGCAUGACACAAGUAAUUUUUCCAACAAUUGUUUACAGACAGAUUAUUUCACUUAUAAUUCACUGUAUCAUAAUUCCAGUGGGUCAGAAGUUUACAUACACUAAGUUGACUGUGCCUUUAAACAGCUUGGAAAAUUCCAGAAAAUGAUGUCGUGGCUUUAGAAGCUUCUGAUAGGCUAAUUGACAUAAUUUGAGUCAAUUGGAGGUGUACCUAUAAUAAUAAUAAUAUGCCAUUUAGCAGACGCUUUUAUCCAAAGUGACUUACAGUCAUGUGCGCAUACAUUUUUACGUAUGGGUGGUCCCGGGCAUCGAACCCACUACCCUGGCGUUACAAGCGCCAUGCUCUACAAAUUGAGCUACAGAGGACUUAUAUUUCAAGGCCUACCUUCAAACUCAGUACCUCUUUGCUUGACAUCAUGGGAAAAUCAAAAGAAAUCCCAAGACCUCAGAAAAAAAAUUGUAGACCUCCACAAGUCUGGUUCAUCCUUGGCAGCAAUUUCCAAAUGCCUGAAGGUACCACGUUCAUCUGUACAAACAAUAGUACGCAAGUAUAAACACCAUGGGACCACGCAGCCGUCAUACCACUCAGGAAGGAGACGCGUUCUGUCUCCUAGAGAUGAACGUACUUUGGUGCGAAAAGUACAAAUCAAUCCCAGAACAACAGCAAAGAACCUUGUGAAGAUGCUGGAGGAAACGGGUACAAAAGUAUCUAUCUCCAUAGUAAAACAAGUCCUAUAUCGACAUAACCUGAAAGGCCGCUCAGCAAGGAAGAAGCCACUGCUCCAAAACCGCCAUCAAAAAGCCAGACUACGGUUUGCAACUGCACAUGGGGACAAAGAUCGUACUUUUUGGAGAAAUGUCCUCUGGUCUGAUGAAACAAAAAUAGAACUGUUUGGCCAUAAUGACCAUUGUUAUGUUUGGAGGAAAAAGAGGGGUGGCUUGCAAGCCGAACAACACCAUCCCAACUGUGAAGCACGGGGGUGGCAGCAUCAUGCUGUGGGGGUGCUUUGCUGCAGGAGGGACUGGUGCACUUCACAAAAUAGAUGGCAUCAUGAGGAAGGAAAAUUAUGUGGAUAUAUUGAAGCAACAUCUCAAGACAUCAGUCAGGAAGUUAAAGGUUGGUCGCAAAUGGGUCUUCCAAAUAGACAAUGACCCCAAGCAUACUUCCAAAGUUGUGUCAAAAUGGCUUACAGACAACAACGUCAAGGUAUUGGAGUGGCCAUCACAAACCCCAGACCUCAAUCCUAUAGAACAUUUGUGGGCAGAACUGAAAAGGCGUGUGCGAGCAAGGAGGCCUACAAACCUGACUCAUUUACACCAGCUCUGUCAGGAGGAAUGGGCCAAAAUUCACCCAACUUAUUGUGGGAAGCUUGUGGAAGGCUACCCGACACAUUUGACCCAAGUUAAACAAUUUAAAGGCAAUGCUACCAAAUACUAAUUGAGUGUAUGUAAACUUCUGACCCACUGGGAAUGUGAUGAAAGAAAUAAAAGCUGAAAUAAUUUUCUCUACAAUUAUUCUGACAUUUCACAUUCUUAAAAUAAAGUGGUGAUCCUAACUGACCUAAGACAGGGAAGUUUUACAAGAUUAAAUGUCAGGAAUUGUGAAAAACUGAGUUUAAAUGUAUUUGGCUAAGGUGUAUGUAAACUUCUGACGUCAACUGUACAGUCAUGACAAAUUAUCGGCACCCUUGAUAAAGAUGAGCAAAAAAUACUGAAAAAAUUGGGAAAUUAUAUUUCAUACUAAGACAAUUAUCUAUUGUAUUUGCUGGUAUACAAAAGUCUGGGCAGGGAUAAUGUAUAGUCCUGAGGAGUAUACUACAUACAGUGGGGGGGAAAAAAGUAUUUAGUCAGCCACCAAUUGUGCAAGUUCUCCCACUUAAAAAUAUGAGAUUUUUUCUCUCCAGAAAAUCACAUUGUAGGAUUUUUAAUGAUUUAUUUGCAAAUUAUGGUGGAAAAUAAGUAUUUGGUCACCUACAAACAAGCAAGAUUUCUGGCUCUCACAGACCUGUAACUUCUUCUUUAAGAGGCUCCUCUGUCCUCCACUCGUUACCUGUAUUAAUGGCACCUGUUUGAACUUGUUAUCAGUAUAAAAGACACCUGUCCACAACCUCAAACAGUCACACUCCAAACUCCACUAUGGCCAAGACCAAAGAGCUGUCAAAGGACACCAGAAACAAAAUUGUAGACCUGCACCAGGCUGGGAAGACUGAAUCUGCAAUAGGUAAGCAGCUUGGUUUGAAGAAAUCAACUGUGGGAGCAAUUAUUAGGAAAUGGAAGACAUACAAGACCACUGAUAAUCUCCCUCGAUCUGGGGCUCCACGCAAGAUCUCACCCCGUGGGGUCAAAAUGAUCACAAGAACGGUGAGCAAAAAUCCCAGAACCACACGGUGGGACCUAGUGAAUGACCUGCAGAGAGCUGGGACCAAAGUAACAAAGCCUACCAUCAGUAACACACUACGCCGCCAGGGACUCAAAUCCUGCAGUGCCAGACGUGUCCCCCUGCUUAAGCCAGUACAUGUCCAGGCCCGUCUGAAGUUUGCUAGAGUGCAUUUGGAUGAUCCAGAAGAGGAUUGGGAGAAUGUCAUAUGGUCAGAUGAAACCAAAAUAUAACUUUUUGGUAAAAACUCAACUCGGCGUGUUUGGAGGACAAAGAAUGCUGAGUUGCAUCCAAAGAACACCAUACCUACUGUGAAGCAUGGGGGUGGAAACAUCAUGCUUUGGGGCUGUUUUUCUGCAAAGGGACCAGGACGACUGAUCCGUGUAAAGGAAAGAAUGAAUGGGGCCAUGUAUCGUGAGAUUUUCAGUGAAAACCUCCUUCCAUCAGCAAGGGCAUUGAAGAUGAAACGUGGCUGGGUCUUUCAGCAUGACAAUGAUCCCAAACACACCGCCCGGGCAAUGAAGGAGUGGCUUCGUAAGAAGCAUUUCAAGGUCCUGGAGUGGCCUAGCCAGUCUCCAGAUCUCAACCCCAUAGAAAAUCUUUGGAGGGAGUUGAAAGUCCGUGUUGCCCAGCGACAGCCCCAAAACAUCACUGCUCUUGAGGAGAUCUGCAUGGAGGAAUGGGCCAAAAUACCAGCAACCGUGUGUGAAAACCUUGUGAAGACUUACAGAAAACGUUUGACCUGUGUCAUUGCCAACAAAGGGUAUAUAACAAAGUAUUGAGAAACUUUUGUUAUUGACCAAAUACUUAUUUUCCACCAUAAUUUGCAAAUAAAUUCAUUAAAAAUCCUACAAUGUGAUUUUCUGGAUUUUUUUCCCUCAUUUUGUCUGUCAUAGUUGACGUGUGCCUAUGAUGAAAAUUACAGGCCUCUCUCAUAUUUUUAAGUGGGAGAACUUGCACAAUUGGUGGCUGACUAAAUACUUUUUUCCCCCACUGUACCUAGUUUGAGGAGUUAGUAAGGUAACUUUGGUCAAUGUGAGUUCAACUCGGGAUAACCGUUCAUACGUAAGUGGCUCACCUUUUAGCCAGGGACAUUUUCUAUGGCAACCAAUCCUUCAGAACUAACCUGCUCCGGGGCAGGUUAACUCCAUUUACCCUAAAUUAAAUGACUGAGCCGCGACUUGAGGACCAAUGAAAUCAGAUCCCCCCCCCCCCUCGCGAAGAGUCUGUCAUCAUCCCCUUAAUUUGAGGAAGACUACCGAUUUUAUCAUUCGUAUUAAUCAAAUAGUUUUUUGUGUCAGUCUGGUUCAAAGUUGACAGCAUGACUCUGAACACUGUCCUUUCUUCCUGCCUCCCAUUGUCACUUAGGAGGAUAUCAACGCAAUUGACGGAUUGGAGGAUGACAAGAGAGACCUGAUUUCUAGAGAGAUCAGUAAAUUCCGCGACACCCACAAGGUACAGUACCUUAUUAAUCUCUCUCACUCACAUUGCAGGUUUUGGAAAAGAAGCUGCACACACUACUAGUACACUCCUUUUGGUUUUCACACUUACUGGUAGUGGACACUUCUGCAAGGACCUGUUUAUAUAGUCUAUAUCAGGGAUGGGCAACUCUGAUGGGGGUGGGGGCCACAAUCUGAACUCAUCAUGAGGGGGCGCAGUUGCUCGUGGGUCUGCGUACCCAUAUCCAUACCCCCCCCACACACACACACAGCGUUUCUUUUUUUAGUGGCCCCCCUCUUGACAGCGGAGACAUCUUUUAGUUAAUUUUGUGCAAUUCUACACAUUUUGCCAUGGGGUGUAGAGAAAAUGUUGUAAUUUUAAAGCAAGUUUGCUGCAGUUCUACACCUUUUGCCAUAGGGCAGAGAAAAGAUUUUGCAAUUUUAUAGCCAGUUUCAUGCAAUUCUACUCAUUUUGCCAUGGGGCGAAGAGGAAAAUUAGUUGUUUUACAGAAAUUUCCUGCAAUUCUACACAUUUUGCCAUGGGGUGGAAAAAGGUUAGCAGUUUUUUAUGUUAUCUGACUAACAAAAUCAACGGGGGCCCCCGGCCGGUAAUUCGACCAUGAUAACAAGUUUAGAUAGCUGGCCGCUAAACUAACUUGGCAAUCUAAAACAUUUUAGUUGACAUGGGCUAAUUGACUGACUAUCAGUGACUGACAAAACAAGAGUAAAACUGCUGAUGCACAACCACAUUUCGAAAUUCAAAAGGCCCACGGGCCACCAGUUGCCCAUCCCUGGUCUAAAUUUAGGAUGGGAAAACAGUUUAAUUUUUACAUCAAAAUAUUGCAUACCUUGCUAAAAAAUCUCGAAUUGUGACAUAUCUGGAUUUUAAAAAUGUAAUUUCUAUGUUGGCUACAGUACCUGUUCCAAACCGAUUUUAAUUGUCAGAUUUGUAGCAUUGUCACCGUUUUCAAACCUAAUUUGACUCGUGUCGGCGGGACAUUUAUUUUGUAUAUAUUAGGAUAUUUAGGUGUGACAGUAUAGAUGGCUAGAUCCAUAACUCAUUCAUCACACACAAACAAAAUGCAUGGCGAUAAUGUAAAGUUACCUUAAAGCUAAUCUAUUCAUUAAACCCCACCAUUAUGAUAGAGAUCAUAUGGUGACUAAAGCAAGAUGAAUCUCAGAGCUUUGGAAAAAGUUGUCGAGGAUAGCAUGUAAGUAUGAGCUUUCCUUUAUUUUGUACAUAUACUGGGCGCUCCCCUCUCGAGGAUUCGCAUAGGGGCAACUGCACAGGCACUCUGGCAUACGGUGGUGUUUGAGGUUGUUGAACUUAAUGAGAACCUCUCAACAACACACAGCCAACCCUUUCCAUUAGAUACAUGUCAACAUAAUGUUGGUCUUGCUUUUAUGGGGACAGAAAACCACGCUGAUUCGAUUUCCAUCUAUUUAUCAUGUUGUCCGCAAGCCAGAGAGGCCAGUGAACCUGUGUGAGUCCUCUGUAAAAUAUGUUCAUUCUACAUAAUGUGUGUGUAAAAGUCAAGUCACUGAGACUCAGUCAAUAACCACUGCAGUGAUUUGGGCUGUAGAUUGUACUGUUAUAGCAGGGGGGGGGCGCCCCUCCACAGCACUCUGCGUUCUGAAGACUAGCCAGGUGAGUUCCUACCCACCCUGUGGAUGAGUGUGUGUUAGGGCUUUUCUCUAUCUCUCCUCGUCCUGUGUCCACCUGUCAGUCCCUCUAUCUCUCUCUCGCUCUCUCAUUUUCUUUGAUUGUCUCUUUCGGUCUGUCACUCUAGCCUUUCUCCCUUCUUUUCUGAACUUGUCUGUCUUUUUCUUCCUGAUUCUAAUUGCCAUUCACCCUCUUUAUCUUCAAUUUCAUGUGCCCAUUAUUUGUGUUCUGUUCAUAGUUCAUUAUCUACAGCGGUAGACUUGCAGUAAAGGAGGUACUAGUAAUACGUAAUGAGUUCUUGUCUCAAGCACACAUGGUAAGGCCUAUGGUUCAUAUAGGAGGGGAUAGUAGUGUACCUGCAGUUACUCUAUGCCCAAGCUGUCACCAGUAGAACGCAGAGCAAGGUAAGUUAAAGUAGGACGACUAACCAAUCAGAUCCCUUCCACCCAUAGUACCUGUGCUCUCUUUUCUCUAUUCCCCAUAUCUCCUUUUCUGCCUGUUGUUUUCCUUGCUUUUAGUCUUAAGCUGCACUAGACCCGUGGCUCUGUAGUUUGGGUCAGUCCAGGAGAACAACCAUCGGUUGUUCGUUAUGGCAUAAUGGACUGCUUUUGGCUGUCUGCCCUUGUGGGAAAGGCCCAUAGGUAACCUGUGGUCUCACUGUGUAUUUCACAAAAACCCAACACAAACUUGAGCCUCACAAUGCAUUCAGAAUGCAUGGUUUGUAAUAGUCUGUAAAUCAGUUAAGAGUACAUGGGGAGCCAUGAGUGUAGUGCUAGGAGGGAGUUGUCUCUUAGUGUGUGUCUGGGAAAGCGAGUCAUGGGAGAACUACUGAAGACUGAAGCAGGGGUAAGAGCCUCUACGAUUUAAUUUACCUGUCCAGAAAAUGUAUUGAAAAAAAUAUGUACCAGGAUGUUUCACAGCUUUCUGUUUUUGACAAUGUACCCCAUAGAAGUUAACGGUUGUUUUUGAUGAUUUGUUUGAGAGAAAGUGAGAGAACCUCUUGAUUCCCCCCCCCUGUGUAUCGUUUGACCUGCUUUUCCUCCCAGGCCUAACUUUUAUAGGCUUGUAGGGGCAGCGACGGGCUGAAAUCCGUAGUUCAACACCUGUAAGUCACCAACAACUAGUUUAACAAAAGGAUUGACGCCUUUUUUUUGUUUCUCUUGUAAUGAGGACACUGACUUUGGAGAGAAAAAGCGUUGUCUAUCAAGCAGCGCCUUUUUCUUGUUUUUGAAUGCCUGUGACGUUUGACAUGGCCAACAAGAUGUCUUCUUUGACCUCAAAGUGGUUUCCAGUGUCUUUAGUUGGCUUGUAAGUCACCCUGUAUGUGCUAAACAAUCAUUGUACUAUAUUGAUACUUUCAGGGGUCUGCAACUGGCGGCCCGCAGGCCAAAUUUUUAUUUGGCCCCCAAGGUUCUCAGUAAAAAACAAAAACAUGCUAUACAUGGACAAAGAAGUGCCGUGUCUCAUGAAACCUUGUUGUUAUUUUCCCAUAGAAACUCUUAGCCCUGCCAAGGAGUGCCUGUUGUGCCAAAAUGUCAGCCUUUAUCUAACUACUUCAUCCUUCGAUAACAGGAAUCUACAUUGUUACAGUAGUCCCCUCUGCCCCCAGAGCCUGGAAGCCACUUCUGUGCACUUAUAGAGAAGUGUGUGAGCCAGCCUCACUGUGCUCCUGUUCUGUUGCAUGGCUGUCCUCCCGGAGCCUCCAACUUAACAACCUCCUCUGUUCUCUUUGCAGAAACUGGAGGAGGAGAAGGACAAGAAGGAGAAGGAGCGUGCAGAGUUUGAGCGCGAGCGACGGGAGAGGGACAAGGAGAGGGAACGUGAGAGGGAGCGCCGGGACCGCGAGCGGGAGAAAGAGCGCGAAAAGGAGAGGGAGCGGGAGCGCGAGAGAGACCGCGAACGGGACAGAGGUGACCGAGACCGCGAUCGUGACCGCAACCGGACGAAAGAGAGAGAACGGGAGAGGGAGUGGGAAAGGGAGAGGAGCCGCGACAGGAGCAAGGACCGCAGCCAAUCCAGGUGUGUGUUUUUAAAUAAAGGAAUGAAUUGUGAAUGAAGGAAGGAAGGAAUGAUUGGGAGGUAAAUAACUAGGUUGGUGAUGUGAUUCACAGAGAGGUGAGUCGCGACAGAGACAAGGACAAGAAGCGUGACCAGGAGGAUGAGGAGGAGGUCUACGAGCGGAGAAGGCUGGAGAGGAAGCUCCGAGACAAGGAGGCAGCCUAUCAAGAGGUAGCUUCACGCACACACUUAGCAUUGCUUACAGUGGAUUGAGAAUGAUGUGUGUGUUGGCUGUGAAAUGUUGCUUAAUUCCUGUCUCAUGUCUGUCUGAAGCGUCUGAAAAACUGGGAGAUCCGCGAGAGGAAGAAGGCUCGAGACUACUCCAAGGAGUCUGAGCGGGAGGAAGAGCGCAGGAGAGAGAUGGUAGGAAGAAACACAAACCCUGUUUUCACCCACGCAUGGCAAUCCUGGGUUGUAUUUAGCAGGGAGAAAACCUUUUGAAACAGGGGGAGGUACUACCUUGAACUUGUCCAAUAGGAACGCCAAUUUUCAUUGUCCGUUGCAAAACAUUUUGCUACGCUGGGCCCCACUACUGAACAGGACUCAGGUUUACCACUGAGCCGGACGUGAAAUGAUGUCCUUUUGGUUUGAAGGGUCCUACCAUAGACAUAUUCGUAUGUGUUUACAUUCAUCAUUGUGUCCUACAGACUAAAGAAAGCAAAAGGCUGAAGGAGUUCCUAGAGGACUAUGAUGACGACAGAGAUGAUCCUAAGUACUACAGGUGACAACCAGCACUAAAUAAGCGGAGACAUUUAAUUAAUUUAUGAUGCUGAUCCGCUAGGUCUACAUACUACAGAAAAUAAAUCAGAAUAUAAUAUAUAAUGGAGGCCAUUUUAAUGUCGAUAAUGUAAACGGCCAAGGUGAUGGCGGCCUGAAACGUCAACAUUAUUACACCUUUUUGGCUUCGGCAUUUAGGAAGUGAAAUAAAAUAAACAACCCUACUUUAAAAAACACUAAGACAUGCAGUGGGUGUCAGGGCUAUUGUUAUAAAAGGUGUUAUUCCGUGUGCGACCCCUAGGGGCAGCGCACUGCAGAAGCGUCUGAGAGACCGGGAGAAGGAGACUGAGGUGGACGAGCGCGACAGGAAGAGAGAGAAGGAGGAGCUGGAGGAGAUCAGACAGAGACUGCUGGCCGAGGGACACCCAGACCCCGAGGCUGAGAUACGCAGGGUGAGAGAGAGAGAGAGAGUGUGUGUGUAUCUGACUGUGUGUGUGCCUGAAGGUCAUCUUCUCCUCAGAUCCCUUUGUCUAUAUGUCUGCGUUGUAAAUGGGUCUCUAUCCAUCUGGCUAUCUUGGCUACACAAUAACGUUAGGUGUGUGCGAGUGUAUCCACUUUCCUGAUUGUGUAAGCCCCUUGUCUCACACUGCUUCUCUUUACCGAUUGGUCCAGAUGGAAGAGGAGGCGGAGCGUUUGCGCCAGCCCCCGGUGAAGCCGGAGCCCGAUCCCGAGGAGGAGCGGGUGCACAAGGUCCCACGGGAGGACCGGGACCGCCGAGGAGACCGGGAUCGAGACCGAGGGGAGCGAGACCGAGGGGAUCGAGACCGGGAGAGAGAGAGGGGGGAUCGAGACCGGGAGAGGGAGAGGGGGGAUCGAGACCGGGAGAGAGAGAGGGGGGAUAGGGACCGGGAGAGAGAGAGGGGGGAUCGAGACCGGGAGAGAGCGAGAGGGGAUCGAGACCGGGAGAUGGAGAGAGGGGAUAGAGACAGGGGGGACCACCACGUACCCCACCAUCACCACCCCCACUCUGAUGAUAAUGAUGAUGUGGAAGAGGGGGAGGAGGAGUUUGAUGACGAUGACCAAUCGGGGUCCAAGCCCUGCCUGAAGCCCACGCUGCGGCCAAUCACGGCGGCCCCCUCUGUUUCGUCGGCCAGCGGGGGCGCCACCCCCAACACGCCUGGUGGCGGGGACGAGUCGCCCUGCGGCAUCAUCAUCCCCCACGAGAACUCGCCCCCUCACGAGACCCUGCCCCAGGAAGAGUUCCGCCCCAAGAUCGGCCUCAGUCUCAAACUGGGUGAGUUCUGUCGGUGGGACAUGAAGGACAAGCUAGGUCUAGAAUCAUCUGGAGAUAAUAUAAAGACAACUACUAUAAUGCUAACUAACUACCAGGAUACAUGAUCUGUUGUGUAGAUCCAAUUGAAGUGCCUCAAUCCCUAAUGAAGGGGAAAGAUCGGGACCAAAUAAAAUCAUGAAAUAAGACUGUGCCUAUCUUUACCAUUCAUUUUAGAUUGAGGCAUAUACAGUGGGGGAAAAAAGUAUUUAGUCAGCCACCAAUUGUGCAAGUUCUCCCACUUAAAAAGAUGAGAGAGGCCUGUAAUUUUCAUCAUAGGUACACGUCAACUAUGACAGACAAAUUGAGAGAAAAAAAUCCAGAAAAUCACAUUGUAGGAUUUUUAAUGAAUUUAUUUGCAAUUUAUGGUGGAAAAUAAGUAUUUGGUCACCUACAAACAAGCAAGAUUUCUGGCUCUCACAGACCUGUAACUUCUUCUUUAAGAGGCUCCUCUGUCCUCCACUCGUUACCUGUAUUAAUGGCACCUGUUUGAACUUGUUAUCAGUAUAAAAGACACCUGUCCACAACCUCAAACAGUCACACUCCAAACUCCACUUUGGCCAAGACCAAAGAGCUGUAAAAGGACACCAGAAACAAAACUGUAGACCUGCACCAGGCUGGGAAGACUGAAUCUGCAAUAGGUAAGCAGCUUGGUUUGAAGAAAUCAACUGUGGGAGCAAUUAUUAGGAAAUGGAAGACAUACAAGACCACUGAUAAUCUCCCUCGAUCUGGGGCUCCACGCAAGAUCUCACCCCAUGGGGUCAAAAUGAUCACAAGAACGGUGAGCAAAAAUCCAAGAACCACACGGGGGGACCUAGUGAAUGACCUGCAGAGAGCUGGGACCAAAGUAACAAAGCCUACCAUCAGUAACACACUAUGCCGCCAGGGGCUCAAAUCCUGCAGUGCCAGACGUGUCCCCCUGCUUAAGCCAGUACAUGUCCAGGCCCGUCUGAAGUUUGCUAGAGUGCAUUUGGAUAAUCCAGAAGAGGAUUGGGAGAAUGUCAUAUGGUCAGAUGAAACCAAAAUAUAACUUUUUGGUAAAAACUCAACUUGUCGUGUUUGGAGGACAAAGAAUGCUGAGUUGCAUCCAAAGAACACCAUACCUACUGUGAAGCAUGGGGGUGGAAACAUCAUGCUUUGGGGCUGUUUUUCUGCAAAGGGACCAGGACGACUGAUCCGUGUAAAGGAAAGAAUGAAUGGGGCCAUGUAACGUGAGAUUUUGAGUGAAAACCUCCUUCCAUCAGCAAGGGCAUUGAAGAUGAAACGUGGCUGGGUCUUUCAGCAUGACAAUGAUCCCAAACACACCGCCUGGGCAACGAAGGAGUGGCUUCGUAAGAAGCAUUUCAAGGUCCUGGAGUGGCCUAGCCAGUCUCCAGAUCUCAACCCCAUAGAAAAUCUUUGGAGGGAGUUGAAAGUCUGUGAUGCCCAGCGACAGCCCCAAAACAUCACUGCUCUAUAGGAGAUCUGCAUGGAGGAAUGGGACAAAAUACCAGCAACAGUGUGUGUGAACUUUGUGAAGACUUACAGAAAACGUUUGACCUGUGUCAUUGCCAACAAAGGGUAUAUAACAAAGUAUUGAGAAACUUUUGUUAUUGACCAAAUACUUAUUUUCCACCAUAAUUAGCAAAUAAAUUCAUAAAAAAUCCUACAAUGUGAUUUUCUGGAUUUCUUUUCCUCAUUUUGUCUGUCAUAGUUGACGUUUACCUAUGAUGAAAAUUACAGGCCUCUCUCAUCUUUUUAAGUGGGAGAACUUGCACAAUUGGUGGCUGACUAAAUACUUUUUUGCCCCACUGUAGCUGUAUCUGCACAACAGAUGUCUUGGGCUGUGGCCUGACAAACUUUAAUUUUGGGCGAGAACUGUCACUCAAACUGCUUUAAGAUAUCAAUGAAAUAGAACUGUCCUGUUUCAGACAUACUUGAAGCCUUUCUUCAUGGAGUAUAAUUUCUAAAUCUCUCUCUCCAGGAGCCACUAGCAGCCCCAGCCAGCCCAACGUGGCCAUCAAACGCAAGAAGCUCACUGUGGACAGUGUCUUUAACAAAUUCGACGACGAGGAGGCGGACGAGGCUCCCCGCAAGCGCAAGCUGGUGCCACUGGACUACGGCGAUGAGGACAAGAACCUCCAGAGUGUGGUGGACGGGGCCUCGGGCCUGGCAGCCAUCAAGGGCGCCAACACAGAGGAGAAGCGCAAGCACAUCAAGAGCCUGAUCGAGAAGAUCCCCACGGGCAAGACGGAGCUGUUCUCCUACCCGCUGGACUGGUCCGCCGUGGACUCGGUGAGGAUAGGAUGUGGCAGUACCCUGCAUUCGUCUGUUUCUGCUCUUUUGACAACUAAUUCUAUAAUGUGUUGGCAAGAGAGCAGAAACCGACUGGAAACCAGGGAGGAAGUAUGGUUGGUUUGAUAAUUCAAUGACAAACCAUGAACAUUUUGAUAAUGUGUAUCCCUACAAUACUGGUACAGACCUAUAUGAAUAAUCUCUGGUGCAGUGACUAAAGUAUGUCUGACUGUCCUUCCCAGACUCUGAUGGAUCGACGCAUACGCCCCUGGAUCAAUAAAAAGAUCAUUGAGUACAUUGGAGAAGAGGAGGCUACGCUAGUCGAUUUUGUCUGCUCAAAGGUGUGUAAGUGUGAUUGCGAUGCAAUUUACUGGGGAGCUGGGUGUUUUGGCAGAGUUUCAUUCUGAUUCCUUAAUUUUGACCUCUCCUCCCCCAGGUGAUGGCUCAUGGUACACCACAGGGUAUCUUGGAUGAUGUUGCCAUGGUGAGUAUCCCAAGAAAUAGACUGGAAACAUUCUCAGAAUGGUCUGUCCAGCUAAAACCUAUUUUUAACUGUAUUUGCUGAGAUUUUUUUUGUUGAGUUUAGGUUGAAGUAUUAAACAGGCCUUAAAACAGAGCCUUGGUGAACCCCUUUUGAUCUCCUGAUUUAAAGAAAAGUUGUUAAAAGCACUAAGUCAUUAAUCUAACUGCAAUAUGGUUUCUCUACACCAAGGUUCUGGAUGAAGAAGCAGAGGUCUUUAUCGUCAAGAUGUGGAGGUUGCUGAUCUACGAAACGGAAGCCAAGAAGAUUGGGCUGGUGAAAUAAGAAACCCAAGAAAGCACUGAACAAAUCCAACUUGUUCUAAUAGAGUAAUCUGACUUUAGUGUUAUCAGUCACCAAAAAGACUUCUCCAUUUGAGCAGCCUAAAAUCAAAGAAUGGGCUCAACCUAAUAAUACCCCAACAACAGCUUUCACACGUUGAGCUCCCGUUUUCUCAUUCUUCCAAUAGACUCUGGUACAUGUCUCUCUACUGCAGCUGCUGACUUUGUAUUGGUGUAUAGCCUACUUGUGUGUGUGUACUUGAAUGACUGACGAAGUGCUUAUUGAAGAUGCAUGAAAGCAACCACUUGGACAAUGGCCCUACUACAGUCUCUUGGCUUGAGUUGGAUGUCCCAAGGGUGACAGUGGAGCUAGAUAAGGGGUUAAUGGUUAAAGAAGAGAACAUAGAUACUAAGCCUUGGAAAGAAGUUCACUGAAAAGCAUCUCACCGCUGUUUCUCUAUAGUUUUGUGAUAUUAGUACUCAACCAUUCAACUUCUAUCAUUUAAAAAAAACUAAACAAUUGGACUGCUGUUUCUGUGGCAUCUGCUGAGUGAAACUUCUGUUUAUGAGAAGGGUAGACCUUUAAGUAGAUUAGAUUUGUCUUUGUAUUACAAACAAUACUUUCUAUAAAGUCUGCUAUUUGAGGAUGAUAGGCCAGCUAUUGAGCAUUUCUGAAUUGUGGUUGGUUGGUCUCGAUGCUGUAACACACAGGAACGGCACCACCUGGAAAGGUUAAUUUGGGAAGACAAGCUUAAAGGAUACUGAUUUGUGAAAACAUUGUCUCCAUUUUGUUUUUGUAUCUGUGGAAAUUUGUUUUGAAUAAAGAUUUUUUUUAUAA